GGGACGUAACUAAACGUAACACCAAAAUAUUGGCUCGUCUGCAGCAGUUCUGGUCAUAGGAGUGUGGUAGCUGGCAUUUUAUUUGUUGACUCCAAAUGUUCGAGUAAGCCUGCUGGGUGAAGAUAACACAGUUCCACGUUUGCCUACGCAUAGUUUUGCAGUACAAUCAGAAUGUCAUCUGAAGAGGAGAACCCCCCUGCUCUCUCUCCUGAUAUGCAUUUCAUUGGAAAGAAGGCAGAUAUUGUUAAGGCUGGCCGUGUGACGAAGCUGGUGAAUGGAUGCAGAGAUGUCCUUGUCGUGUACCACCAGGGGGAGCUUUAUGCAAUGGACCUGCGCUGCUACCAUGCUGGUGGUCUAUUACAUAAUGGAGAUAUCGAGGAGUUCAAUGGACGGCCGUGCAUUGUUUGUCCGUGGCACCAAUACAAGAUCACCCUGGCAGAAGGUGAAGGACUUUAUCAAGCUGUGGACAAUCCUACGAUCAGACCACUGAAGAUUCAGUGGCGCUCCAAAGGAGUCAAACAAAGGACUCAUAAAGUCACUGAAGUUAGCGGGGAUGUUUAUGUUGCCCUGAAUGACUCCAGUGAGGCCAUCGAGUCCGAUGUCUAUCAGACUGAGAAAUACAGAACUGCUUCACUCGAUGCACUGCCGAAACACAAACCCAAGACAUAAGAACAAGACAUACAUCUAUUAAACCUUCUGUUUUAUUUAUAAGCACUCUACUUGUUUCAAAGCUAGUUUAAUGAUUCCUCCUUUUCUGAUGUUAUGUCAGUAUUUUCUCAUUUUAAUUUCCAUCUGAUUAUUCUUUUAAAUUUCACAGGGGUUCAAACAAAGGAGAAACAAAACCUUUCAGAAAAUCAAUCAAAUUUGCUUCAGGAUAAAAACAAAUGACUUUGAGUCAUUACAAUUAAAGCCAGUGAUGCCUUCUUAAAAAGUUCAAUCUAUUAAUCCUAAGGUAUUUCUUAUGAUUAUGUAGAACAAACAAGGAUAUUUUACAAAUUACAUUUUACACAGUUUCCUAACAUAUUGCAGUUUUAUUUUUCUUCCCUUCCUCAGGUUUUGCUUUUAAGCUAUUUACUUGAACACAGAAACCAUAAACAUGCUUAUUAGAAGAGGCACGUUCAAACGAAAAACAGAUCUUACAUCUGUCGAUCUAUGUAACAUCGACAGAUCGCCAACAAUUGUUCCACAAAAUGUAAUGUAGAAGUACAAAUGAUAUUUUGACAAAGUUUUUACAUUUAGUAUCAGUACAAACUGAUCAUUUUGCACAACAACCUUAAUUUUAAUUUGUUUAAGAUGUCUUUACUUCUGUAAAAAUAAGCUACAUUUUUUUAUUGGACUACUUUUUGUUGUGCUUACUGCAUGCUUUCACCUCAGAAAUAUUUCCUUCAGUUUGUGCAUUAUAACAUUUAUAACUCACCUAAGUUGUGUUUGGAAAACUAUAUUUGAACUGAAAGACAUCAUAAAUACUCUCAGCUGUUUACAUUAUGGACUUCUGUGAAUGUAUGAAAAUCAAGUUCAAUGAAAUACAUUUUGUAUUUUGAUCUCAGGAGGUCUUUUCAUUAUCUUAGUGGAGGGCAAAAAGAGAAAAAAAUAACCACAAUUCAAAUAAUGACUAACCUUUCUGGUAAAUGAGAAAAUAUAUUUUUUUUUUAUGUCUGCAAAGGUCUAUAUUUUUAAUAAACUGUAUCUCAUUAAAAGGUGGAUUAAUUUAGCCAUUUAGUCCCAAAAUGUGGGUCCUGUUUGUGUGUUUAAAUUACUUACAAUAUUAAAGAUAACUGUGAGUUUUACAAUUUCUUUUCUAACGCACAUUUUUCCAAACACAUAAAUGACUGUCUUUAACCACUGAUUUUUCAGAAGUUUGGAUAAUUUGUUUAUACCACAAACAAAUUAUUGCUGGUAUUUCUUAUGUUGUAAUUUUGCACUUACUGUACAGUUUCUUAUGUCUAUUUUUUUUAAUGUUUUAUUGCUUUGUGAAUCUGCAUGCUUCCAUUUGCCUGUAAUUUUUCUGAAGGUACACCUAGACUUUCCCACUUUCAAUAAAGGACAUUCCCA